AUGCUGACUUUAAGUCAACAGGUGGUUUUCUUUGUGGCCCUCAGUGAGUUCUUUCUGGGGACUUGGAUAAAUGGCUUCACUGGACUGAUGCUCUGUCUCACUUGGGUCAAGAGCAGGAAGAUUUCUUUGUCUGACUUCAUCAUCCUGAACCUAAGUCUCUCCAGGAUCAUCCUUCAGGGGAUACUAAUGUUUGAUACUGUUUUAACCAUGUUCUAUCCCCAUUUACAGGAUGUAGGCACAUUCAUGCAAAUUAUCGAUAUUUUAUGGACAUUUAUCAAUAACUUAAGCAUCUGUCUGAUGACCUGCCUCAGUGUCCUAUACUGCCUAAAGAUUGCCAAUUUCUCUCACUAUGUCUUCCUCUGGCUCAAGUGGAGGGUUUCCCGUGUGGUCAUCUGGAUUCUUCUGGGUUCUGGUUUCUACUCCUUCUUCAGCAUAGUGGCACUAAUCGUGAAAUUCAGUGAUUAUUCUGACCUCUGUCAAAUGAAACUCUCAGAAAACUGCACUGAAGAUGACAAAAGAAGGAAAAUUGAGUAUUAUGUCAUACAUAUUCUUGGUGCUCUCUGGUCAGUCAUUCCCUUCUCUGUGUCCCUGACCUCUUCUGUCCUUCUCAUCCUCUCCCUGAUAAGACAUAUCCAGCAGAUGCAGCAUCAUGACACUGGCACGAGGGACCUGAGCACCAGGGCCCAUGUGAAAGCCACCAAAGUCAUCCUCUCUUCUCUCUUCCUCUUCAUUGGAUACAUUCUUAUUCUCCUUCUUAUUAUGUCUAGUCAUUUCUUUCCAAACUCCAAGCUGCCAGGGAUAACUGUGACACUGAUUUUCAUUGCUUAUGCCUCUAUUCAAACCUUUGUUCUAAUCCUAGAGAACCAGAAGCUAAAGCGGGCAUUCCUUGGGAUGUUCCAGAUCAAAAAAUGGAGGCUGAAAUGUUAG